ACACAGAUCAGUAACAUGCAUGUAAACCCCCGACCGACCUCCCCGACGCAGCGCUGCUACUAUUUCAGCGAAUAAGCUCAGAAAACAACGUUGAGACGUCCAUUCAGACGCUUGGACCGGUCGGUGAAGCCGUUUCCGAUGCGAAAUGCGGCACCUUAUUCUGGACUAACCGCCCGGCAGUCAGUUAAUCGCUCCUUUUCUUUGCAACAUUGUUGCAGCGUCGCGGCUAUUGAUACGCGCUGUGGUGGAGGAGGAGGUGGUGGUGGUGGGACCGAGGAGGCCUGUGGUCGGUUUAAUCCUGGACUGAUGUUUUUAGUCAACCUGAGUUUUAAUGUUCGCGAAAGAAAGAGGACGAAAUCGCUGUCCUUUAUUUAAAGCGGAACAUGUCUUUUUCAUGGCUGACUUGUUCACUUCUUCUGGGAACUUUAUGCGCAGGGUACAGUCUGGGAGAGGUGGAGACCCGAGAAUGUGUGUACUACAACGACAACUGGCGAACAGAGAGGACCAACCAGAGUGGCUUUGAGCGCUGUGAGGGAGAAAAGGACAAGCGGCUGCACUGCUACGCAUCCUGGCUCAACUCCUCAGGGACCAUCAAGCUGGUGAAGAAAGGCUGCUGGUUGGAUGACUUCAACUGCUAUGACAGGCAAGAGUGUGUCUCUAUGGAGGAAAACCCUCAGGUGUUCUUUUGCUGCUGCGAGGGUAACUACUGCAACGAGCGAUUCACUCACCUUCCUGACUUGAUUGGCAGCAGGACCCGAGUGAAAAUCCGGCCUCCGCCCCGUGUGCCAUCAAUGCUGAAUGUUCUAGUGUACUCUCUGCUGCCGCUGUGUGUGCUGUCCUUGGCCCUCGUUUUGGCGCUGUGGAUGUACCGCCACCGCAAACCUCCUUAUGGACACGUGGAUCUGAGCGAGGAUCCUGGACCAGUCCCUCCUUCUCCUUUGGUGGGUCUGAAACCUCUGCAGCUUCUGGAAAUCAAAGCUAGGGGGCGCUUUGGCUGUGUUUGGAAAGCUCAGUUAAUGAGCGAAUAUGUUGCUGUAAAAAUCUUCCCUGUUCAGGAUAAGCAAUCAUGGCAGAAUGAGCGGGACAUCUUCUUGACGCCUGGGAUGAGACACGAAAACAUCUUGCGCUACAUUGCGGCAGAAAAGCACGGAACCAACCUGGAGACGGAACUGUGGCUUAUCUCAGAGUUUCAUGAAAGAGGCUCAUUGACGGACCACCUGAAGGGCAACACUGUGACCUGGACUGAGCUGUGUCACAUAGCAGAAACCAUGGCCCGUGGAUUGGCUUACCUCCAUGAAGACAUUCCCAGCUACAAGGGGGAGGGGCCUAAACCUACUAUUGCGCACCGGGACUUCAAGAGUAAGAAUGUGCUUCUGCGGGAUGAUUUAACUGCGGUCAUCGGGGACUUUGGGCUUGCUGUGCGAUUUGAACCAGGAAAGCCUCCUGGAGACACUCAUGGCCAGGUCGGUACGAGGCGUUACAUGGCUCCAGAGGUGCUGGAGGGAGCCAUUAACUUUCAGCGAGACUCCUUCCUUAGGAUUGAUAUGUACGCCAUGGGCUUGGUGCUAUGGGAGCUGGUGUCCCGCUGCUCGGAGACAGACGGUAUAGUUGGUGAGUACAUGCUGCCGUUUGAGGAUGAAAUAGGUCAGCAUCCUUCCCUGGAGGACCUGCAGGAUGUGGUCGUGCACAAGAAGAUGCGUCCAGCCAUCAAGGACUGCUGGCUCAAACAUCCGGGUUUGAGUCAGAUGUGCGAGACCAUCGAGGAGUGCUGGGACCAUGACGCUGAGGCACGACUGUCAGCUGGCUGCGUGGAGGAGCGCAUCAGCCAGAUCGCCAGGACGAUAGGCAGCACUACCUCAGACAACCCAGCCUCCAUUGUGACAUCUCUCAUCAACGAGGACCUACCUCCCAAAGAGUCAAGUACCUAAAUGGGUGACACCUUGCCUCACCUAAGCUCCUGACUUAUGUUCAUUCUCAAACCCAAGCUCAGCGGAUCUAUGUUAACGUUAACAACUCUACCCCACAUCCCCCUCCCUGUCACCAUAGCAACCUACAUGCAGCUGCUCGUUACCUACAUACUGAUAUUUUGUUUCUGUUUGAUGUUCUUCUGUGUUUUACUAACACAUCCAUCUGCUGUAGUUGAAUUAGUAAUAAGCUGUGUGAUGGGCACAUCUCAUACCACCUCUGUGUCAAACCUUAAACCUAAUCAUUGCUUCCAUGUAUUUUUUUAAAAGUUUAGUGUGUCCUGUUGUUUUUUGUUUUUUUUGUUUUUUUAAAUCACCCCACGAGCUGCUGUGUAUGUUGUAGUUCCCAUCUGUGGCCAAAUUCUGGAAAAACCUUCGCUCCAAACCUCAGACAACACGCUGCACACCUCGGAAGAAACAUUUUGAGACUGUUAAAACAAAAAAAAUAUUUUCAUCUUCCUCAGGGGUUGAAGCUUCUCGAUUUAUAAAUUUGGAGAGUGCUCCCUUCCUUUCGACCUGUGAAUUCUUCAGAACGAGAUGUAGAGAGAAAAUAAAAAAAA